AUGAGUCAAAUCAUGCGGAAGGAUUCGUCAGUCACCACAUCAACCGGAAGCGGUGGCGGAGGUUAUCGACAUCGACCGAUUGACAUUGGACAUGGUGGCGCUGGGAGUGAGUCGUCGAUUUUGGACCUUCACCAUCGACCACCUCCACGGUCGGCUCCACCGACGGGUGGAGGAAAACCACCAGGCAUGGAAAAACCACGCACCAUCAGCGACAGCGAGUCGGAGAUCAACUACGAUCUGUUCAACACGAGCAUCCACUCAGCGGACAGCGGAUCAGCGAUCAUGAAUGCCUCACAAGUCUCAGCCACCUCCUGUGACUCAACACUCAUCAAGAGUGCAAAUCUGACGCGCUCUCAAAACGCACCAGGGUCCUGUCGCUUCCCGAAGCUAGAAGAAUGUGCCCACUUCCACUAUGAACGCGUACAGCUCGGUAACCUGUCCGUUCAGCUCGAAGGUGACGAACGUAGCGAUUCCCAGCUUGGUCUAGCUUCCGAUCUCAGCACUUCCCAGACGAACUCAAUCGGACCUACUGGUCCAACGGCUUCGUCAUCCACGUCGAAGGGCGGUACUAAUUUUUGGUUCAUAAUUCGCGUCACCGCUGGUCGAUCGGAUCCGUUCAUGAUAAAGCGCUCCUUUGAGAACAUGUGCUUUCUGGACGAGAUGUUGCAUCGAUGCGUGUACGAUAGGCGCGUCAGCGAGUUGGAGAACCUGCGUGACGUACUAAUGCUACUUCCGGAUGCCGGUGGCGGCGAACAACGCAUGGAACGCAGCACCAGCGAUGAGCAACAUCUGGAGAAGCUGGUCGGUGCGUACUUAGCCCGUUUGUCGAUGAUUGCCUCAGAUGCCAUGACUUGCGGACCGGUGUUAACCUGGUUGCAGAUCGACAAUAAGGGUCGUCGAUUGCCCGUGGCGGAUGAGCAGACGAUGCGCUGCAUUAACACCCCAGCAGUAGGUGCUGCUUACGGUGUACGUCGAUACGUUGCGCAAGCAUGUGAUGAGAUCUCGAUCGAGGUGGGUGACAUGAUCUCCGUGAUCGAUAUGCCUAGUCCGGCGGAAUCGAUUUGGUGGCGGGGUAAAAAGAGCCAUCUGCAGAAGAACCAGUACGAGGUGGGAUUCUUUCCCCAGAGUUGCGUUGCGACGAUCGGAGAUAAAGUGCCCCGUCAUAUGCCUUUUCCGGCACCACUCGUCGGAUCGCUUGCAGUUUCUCCCACGAAGCCGGUGCUGCGCAAACACGGCAAGCUGAUCGCAUUCUUUCGUAGUUUUAUCCUUUCGCGUCCAUCGCGGCGUCGGUUGAAGCAGAGCGGCAUCUACAAGGAGCGUGUUUUUUCGUGCGACCUCGGUGAACAUCUGCUGAACAGCGGACAAGACAUUCCGAUGGUGCUGAAGUGUUGCGCCGAGUUUAUCGAGGAGUACGGCAUCGUGGACGGCAUCUAUCGAUUGUCGGGCAUUACAUCUAACAUUCAAAAGCUCCGACGUGCGUUCGACGAGGAGCGCAUUCCCGAUCUUACGCAUCCGGACAUCCGACAGGACAUACAUGCUGUCAGCUCGCUGUUGAAAAUGUACUUCCGCGAGCUACCGAAUCCGCUGUGCACGUACCAGCUGUACGAUCACUUCGUAGAUGCGAUCCAGACACGGCUCGAUGCUCCAACCGAUCUGAAGUUGCGUCUCAUCCGACAAACGGUGCAAAAGUUACCUCCACCGCACUAUCGCACGCUGAAGUAUCUCGCGACACAUCUGUUCAAGAUUUCACGCCACUCAGCCAACACCGGUAUGACGGAGCGCAAUAUUGCUAUCGUUUGGGCACCGAAUCUGUUGCGUAGUCCUGCGCUAGAAUCUGGUGGAGUGGCAGCGUUACGUGGCGUUGGAGUACAGGCAGUAGUGACGGAGUAUCUGAUUAGCAACUGUGAGCAGAUCUUCGACGAUACGGCGGAUGACUUCGGGAGCCAUUACGUUGAAUCGCAACCGAACUCACUGAGCGAUAGUAACAGUGUGCAGAACUACGGAGGUACCGGCAGUGAUCAGCAGGAACUAUCGUUGUCGAUGGAACGACCAAAGAGCUUGAGUGUAGGUGGAGCGAAGCUGCUCAGCCUGGAAGAGGCACGGAUCCGGAGGAACUGUAUGGACCAGAGCGAGAAAACGAUUCCAAUCAACAUUACCAACCCGUCGACACACAUCGGAUCGUACAUCGAGGUCGGUGGUGGUCCAUCCAGCUUGCCGGACAAGUAUCAUACGGUGCUUCCCGUGCCAAGAAGUUGGAAUAAACGAAAAUCGCAUUCCUCGUGGAAAUCAAUUUUCACUCGCCAGCCGCGCCAGUCCAACAGCAACAGUGAUAUUAAGGGUGGAAUGACGUCCUCGACGACAUCAGAGAAGAAUGUACCGAUUGUUGCCCUGACGUUGCAACCGGAGACGGGCGUGUCGAAUGUAGUAGAAGCCGAAGGCAAGGUGACUGUAGAUGAUCACCGACGAAGCGUCAGUAUUAAGGAGAGUUCCAGUGGACUUCUGGACAAGAUGGCUAAAAGUUUGCUGUUUUCGUCGGGAGUUGAUUUGUUUGAUGGAAAAAAUCUGGCCAUCGACAGUAACUGUGUGCGGUCGAAUUCGGUGGACAGUUUACGUACUGCGGGGCACAGUCGUUCGGUGUCGCACGAUUCUUACUUUGAUCUGUUGCAAUCGCCCAUGCGUGGUGGAGCUAUCGCCAAUGGUACAGCAAGUGGCGGUGGAGUUGUUACCUGCCCGUCACGGGAACUGUCUGAACUUGGUCUAAACUUUGACAGAGAAGAACCGGAAAUGCGCAUAUUCUCGGAGAGCGAAAGUCUCGUUAGCAGCCCUAAGGUCGCUAAAGAGUCGGUACGGCGUACAUUACGUGCACGGCCAGAAGAUUACGUUGGAAGCGGUCACAGUGUAAACCCGAGUCCUAAGAAGCAACCACGACUGAAUAUUCCCAGUCCUUCUCAGGAUGGCAACAAGCAGUGGAACAUGGCAACUGUUGCGUCAGAACAUGGAGGGCUUGGUCAGGACGAUGAAAGCCUCUGCAAGCGUUACAAACUUGAAGAUCAGCUCAGUGACAUUCAGUUCAUCGACUGCAGCACACCUGAACACACUUCUAUGGUGCUCAAUGGAGGAGGACAGCAUGGAGGAUCGACUACGUCCAGUACGACCGUGGUAAACACGAUCUUCACCAGCGCCCAAGUGCACAAGCCACCACAUCAGGAAGAUUCUUCCGACGAGCAGCAGGAAGACGACGCAGUUGAUCUAAUGGCAGUGGGUUUGCGAAACUCCUAUCCAGGUCCACAAUACGCGUACGGGAAACAUAACUCUUCGCCCGUCAAAGAGACUCGUUUUAGCUAUCCCGGAUCUGGUGCUGCUGGUGGUAAAGAACGUAAGAAGGAGAAAGGGUCCCACCCGACAGGGCCAACCACAUCGGUUGUGGAAAAAGUUCAGUCUAUGAGUGUUGACGAGCAAACGCACUCGCAACCGGCAGCCUCGGAUCCGGUCGGGUUGAAGAAAAAUGAAAGUUCCUUGUACGAAAGUUUUCUGCUUUCUUCCGGUCAAUCGAAACCUCCGAAAUAUCCUGGCCGUUAUAGCUACCACCAUCCCGGGACGUCGGAUUCAAACCGCACCAGCGGAACCGGAGGUGGCACCGGUGCUGAUGGCGGUGGCGAGUUACGGGAAGGUCAGCAGUCCGCGUACGUGCCGCGCAGUUGUUCCGAGAACGUACUGCGCAGAACUGCCCAAGAACUGUUUCCUCCAUCCCAUCAUCAUCAUCAUCACCACCAUCACCAUCAUCAUCAUCAUGGCCAAGCCAAACAGCAAAUAACGACCGUACACCCGCCACCGCCACCAUCAGCAUCGUCUUCAUGUACCGCGGGAAAAGUCAGUACACCACAAUCACCUCCGGUUCCGAGUCCGUGCUACUCGUUAUUGAUUGGUUCGACGAGUUCCGACACCACCAGUAACAGCAACAUCACUACUCCCGUGUACGACGAGAUGGACAUUGCUGGUGCCUUUAACGCUGCCCACCUGGAACAACAGCAGAAUGCCAAAGAAACUGCCGUCGAGGAAACGCCGAACGCCACGAGUGGAAAGUUGAUAUCGAAAAAGCACGAUUUAAAAGCGCUGAAAAAGGAACUCUCACUCGAUCUGAGUGGCGCUUCCACCAAGCUGACCGGCUCGACAAACUUCACAUCGGACAACACGACUACCAACACUAGUCAGUCGCUAACGCCUAGCGAAUACGCGUACCAAAACCUCAAUCCCGAUCUCUCGCCCAAUGGAUGCACGGGAACUGGGGCCAACGGUGAUAAUGGACCUAUUGAAAUGACCACCUUUGGCCAGAAGGCUUCCAAAUCCCCAGGUACUCCGAUAAAGGCAACCAUCAACAUCACGUACAACGUGCGAUCGCCCGUUCGCAAAGAGCAGGAUGGGAACGUGUUCACUUCCCCACCGACGAAACCCGUGGCCACUGUGCCGAGUGUGGAUGCGAACCCGGAUUUGAUGGCGGAAGAAGAGUACCAACGCGAGCGGCGUAGCAUUUAUGAAAAUGUUCUUGUACCGACUGUUGAGGAGGAGGACGAAAAAGAAGACGGUGGAUCGGAUGAUGUUUCGCCUUCGAAACGUCUGCUGGAAACGAACUUCGACGAAACAAUGGUAUACGAGCAGGUCAAGUUUCUGAAAAACGUCGUCUCGGAAGUUAACCAUCUGGUGAAGAGUGAGGCCGGUGUAGGGCCUAUGGAAGGGCAAACGGAUUCAGAAGACGCUCCGGCAUCGCAGCGUAUAGUACCUGAUAUAAGCAGCUCGGUUAAAGCGGCGAAUAAAGCGAUUUCUUCUUUCAAGGAUAACUCCACCGAAGAAGAUGGCAUUAACAAUAAUCGCAAUGACGACAUCUGUCUAGGAACGCACGAUGUCAAUAGCGCGAUACAGCAAUGCUGUAAGGAAGAAUUGAAAUCUUCGAACGGUGUCGCAAUGGUGACUGAGGAGGAAAGUGAUGACGUGCCCAUGUCGGAUAUCAACGAGGAUAGCCUAGAGUUCGACAACACGGAUGUGUCGUUGUACGAAAAUGUGGAACUGCGCAAGAAAUCCGCCUAUCCGUUGUACGAAAACAUCGAACGAAACGCCACUGGCGAGCAGCAACGUUCGUCUCAAACGGCCAACAAUCCAACGGAUACGCUUAAAUCGGUAUUAACAGAUGAUGAGUUUUCGUCCCUGUGCGCCGAUCGGAGCGAUCUCGAUAACGAGAUGGAGUACCGGAUCGAAGUUCCGCCAAAGAUCGAGUUGACCGUGGUUCCGAAAGUGGUGAUGUCUUCGACAACGAUGGCAUCGACUGAACCAUCCACGGUUGAGACGGUCGUGAGUGUGAAGCAGUUGGCGACUAAAUUUGAAACUAGUCCAGUGGACGUCACGCCACCUUUCGACUUCAGUGGGAUCAAUCGGGGCCAAAACCACCACUUCCGCUCGUCCCUAAACAACGGCCAUUACGGUGCGAGCGAAAGAGUGACAAUCCGUAAUAAGUCCGCCAACGGAAAUGUCGGUUCAGCUGCUAACAAGGACGAUCGCAGUGCGUUCGCCAGCUUCACGCGCAGUCUCGAUGAAAACGCGUUUGUACGGGAAUUUGGAAGCGGUCGAGGUCGUCUGGAAGGCGGUGGUUACGUUGUUGUAGGAGGCACCCCAUUCAACAAGAGCAGCCAGCAGAUCCCGGAGGUGGAAAAGAACAUUCUCAAUGAGAACAAUCCGAACCGGCGCAAGUCGCUGGAGUUGUCUCAAUCCGCACGACCACGCAGCCUCAAUCAACCAAAGAAAUUGCCCCCGCUGGGUGGAGGAGUAGGUGUGGACGGACCACCGACCGGUGUGGAAAACGUGGAAAUCAACUGUGCCGAUGUCGGUGGCAAAGGAAAAGCAGCUUCGGAGUGUUGUCGUGUGAAAUCACAGCAGCUAACGUCGGGUGGUGGCGGUCAUAAGCAGACAUCCGGCGGUUCAACUGGCAACAUGAAGCUUGAUCUCUCGAUGAAAAUCGAAGAUACCAAAGAAGCGCGUGCCUACAACGUGCGCAUUACCCCAACGACCGAAAAUCGGAUAUCGUUGGUGCAGUAUAACUACUGUGACGGUACGACCGACAAGAACGGUGGUGCGGAUACCAUAACCACCGACGGGGGUGGUAUUUCUCCCACGGGCACACCCCUAAUGCGCGUUGUGGGUGGUCGCAAGAAUGAAAAUCUGCUCGAGGACGAUCGUAACAGCGCAACGAGCUUAAAAAUGCUUGGUAGCUGUAAGCUGGAUCGCUCACGAAUUGAAAAAAUUAAGGAGGAAAGACGACACCAACUGAAUGAGAAGUACCGGUCGGAAUCGUUUAAAGGCGAACGUGGCGAUUACGGAGCCGGCGCAAAUGGGAAGCUAAAAUCAAAGUCCAAAUCCGAACUCCGCGAGUUCAAAGAAGGAGAUUUUGUGGCAGAUCGUUCGGACAAGAAGUACGAUUCAUUGCGUUUCCGGUCCAAAUCCCGUGCCGAGCUGCUGUCGUCCGAUGGUCCAUUCCCGCUGGCCGAUGGUCCACCGACUACGGGAAUGCUAGGGUCAGCCGUGUCUCUCAACACGGUGGCCAUGCCAACACACCCGAUCGCGCUACGACCGAUGGUAACCGUGCGUACCAGACGCGUUAGUGAUGAGAAGAAUCAAAACGACCUUACGUCGGCGGCAGCCACACCAGGUCCGAUUGCUGGCGAUGCCUCGAUGUCCCAGGUGUGUGACAACAAGUUUGAACUAAAAACACGCCAAAAAUUCGACGUCAAGCGCAGCAGCAUGGACUAUCCUGCGUCGUCCGUGGCGCCCAGCUCGACCAUGUCCUCUGACGGCAAAGAUGCGCAACAGCAGCGCGAACAGCGUCACAGCUUCAAUAAUGGUCGAAGUGGCGUCAUCGUGACGCGCAGCAAUUCCUCUAGCAGCAGCAGUACACAGCGGGAUCGCUGCUCACCUCCCAUAUCUAUUAAAGACGUCGCUGCCAUGUUUGAGUCGAGAUCGCAGCAGAAUCAAUCUUAACGAGCAUCAUAUUAUGGUGUAAAAUAAACGUUUGUCGGAUAAGUGCGUACACUAUUGUUUAUAUACAACUAGGAGUGGAAGCGAAGCUAUACCUAUUUAUUGCAAUACUUUAAAAGCUUUUAUAUGUAUAUAUUAU